AUGCACAUCAAUAGAACAUCUCUCAAUCCCAAGCUUCGGCACCAUCGAGGAGGAUGUUGUUCUCGAAAACUUCGGUUCGGCUUGGUGCUGGUGGGUCUGUCCAUUGCGACUUGGAUGGUCUUUAACAACAAUCAAGCCGAAGAGGUCGAACAACGAGUCCGUCAAAUGCAAAACAUGGAAAAAAUACGGCAAGCCAAAGCAUCAGCACCCGCACUGCGAGGUGGAGCUUUUCCGUCUGUUCCAAAGCGAGUCAGUCGACCGGGAGGAGACGAAAUUAUUCCACAGCAGCAACAACAACAACAAGAACCAGAGAACCAGUCGGAAAGUAAGGAGGAAGAAGAAAAUGGUGCUGCUGCUGGUGAAGAAGCCGAAAAUGGUGAAGAAAAGGAUGGAGAUGACGACGACGACGAUGAAGAUGACGAAUCGGAUGAAGAAGAAGGGGAAGAAAAACAAGGGGAAAAUGAAAAUAAUGGUGAGAAAGAAGAAGAUGAUGAUGCAAAGACAGUCGAAGAACUCGUGGAAGCUGCUUCGGAAGCUGAGGAAGAAGCCAAAAAGCUAGCCAAACAACUGGGUAUUGAUCUAGUAGAAGAAAAUGCAGAUGCUGACGUGGAAGAUGCUGAAAGUGCCAACAAUGAACCUGAAGAUGGAGAGGAGGAUGCUGACAAUGAACCUGAAGAUGGAGACACAGAAAAUGAAACAGAAGAUGGUGAUACCGAGGGAGGUGAAGCAGAUGGAGACACAGAAAAUGAAACAGAAGAUGGUGAUGCUGAAGGAGGUGAGGUAGAUGGAGACGCAGAAAAUGAAACAGAAGAUGGUGAAAACGAAACAGAAGAUGGAGAAAACGAAAAUGAAAACGAGGAAGAGGCUGAAAAUGAAACUGAAAUUGAGGAAGAGGCUGAAAACGAGCCUGAAAAUGGGGAGGAAGAUGCCGACAACGAAACUGAAGAUGGAAACACCGACAAGGAAGAACCCGAAGAUGGUGAUCAAGAAGAAGACCAUGACAAAGAAAACAAUGAAACCGAAGAUGGGGAAACUGACAAUGAAACAGACAAUGAAGAAGCAGUAGAGGAAUAA